AUGUCUCAGAGGUCCGCUGUCACUGGAGGAUGGCCCCAGGGCAGAGCCCAGCCGGGCUCCCACCGCAUCCCCCGGAGCUUGGGGCAGACAGUGGUCCCAGAGCUGAGGUUAAUGGUGCGCAGCCGGCGCUGCGGCUCGCAUCUCCGAUUUUCACCUGGAACCGGACAAGAAAAUAGCAACAGCCCUGGCGACGAGGGCACCGCGCCGGGCACGGCCCCGCCGCUCCCACUGCCCACGCCGAGCGGCCGGGGAGCAGCGCUGCGCCCCGCAGGGGCCGCACGUCUCCCUCCUCACGUCCUGCUCUGCCCUCCCACGGGGCUGGCUCCGCCUGGCGCUGGCAGGCGCCUCAUUCAGCACUUUGCUCUGCUCCAGGCAAAAAGUGCGGACAGCGCUUUGCUUGCUCGUGAGCAAGAGACCGCGGCGCGGGGCGAGCGAGCAGCAGGGGCAAGUUGCAAGACUGCCGCAAGGAAGAGUUACAAUCUGGUGAAGAGGAAGCUAAACAAGACGGUGCGUGUGGCGCGGCUGCGGGAGGAAGAGAUGCUCCGUGACUCCGCUUCGGCCCCGGAGCGCAGCGGCCCCGCGGCCCCCGCCCCCGAGCUGCCGGUGUCCCCUUCGAAAGAGGCAACAUCUGGGGAUACCCGGCCCGGGGCGGUUGAGGAGCGGCCGCGGGCCGUUUCUGGAGCCGGGCCGAGCGCUGACAGCCGCGUGUCGCCGGCAGGGAAGGCGCAGCAGGGCCUGACGGAGCGCUACCGGGUGGGCUCGCUGCUGGGGCGCGGCGGCUUCGGCAGCGUGUUCGCGGCGACGCGGCUCUCGGACGGCGCCCCGGUGGCCAUCAAACGGGUGCCACGGAACCGCAUCCGUCAUUGGGGCGAGCUGCCCAACGGCACCAGCGCACCACUCGAGGUCGUGCUGCUGGACAAGGUGUCCACCGGCUUCCCUGGUGUGGUGCAGCUCCUCGAGUGGCUCGAGCUCCCCAACAACGUGGUGCUGGUGAUGGAGCGGCCGGAGCACUCUCAGGACCUGCUUCGUUUUAUUCGAGAGCGGGGCUUCCUGUCAGAGGAGGUGGCACGGGAGCUCUUCCGCCAGGUCCUGGAGGCCGUGCGGCACUGCACCAGCUGCGGGGUCCUUCACAGGGACCUGAAACCAGAGAACAUCCUGGUUGACCUGGCCACCGGCCAGGCCAAAUUGAUUGACUUUGGCUGCGGCACCCACCUGCAAGACACAGCCUACACCCGCUUUGCAGGAACACCAUCGUACAGCCCCCCGGAAUGGAACCACUUUGGCUGGUACUACGGCGAGGCAGCUACCGUCUGGUCCCUGGGCAUCGUGCUGCACCAGAUGGUCUGCGGGCAGCACCCGUUCCCGAAGGGCCGGAACAUCAGCUGGGGCCAGCUGUCGCUCCCACAACGGCUCUCUCAAGACUGCAAGGAACUCAUCAGAUGGUGUCUGUCCCUGCACUCCUUGGACAGGCCCUCAUUAGAAGACCUGUCGUGUGAUCCUUGGCUGCAGGAUAUUCACCAUCCGUAGAAGAAGGGAGAGAGCCACAGGCACACUUUGAUCCAGGGAGCCGCCGCAGGGAAGAAGGAGCCCCUGGAGAAGCUGUGCCAGGUGGGGCUGCUGCGUCUGGAGACAUGGAGGACGACGUCAAGGAUGACGAGCUCUUCCU